CCAUCUCCGGAUUCCAAAACACAGGGACGUAAACGUUACCGUGUGGUCACAAACCCUGUACAACCAUUUGUGAUGCAAGAGGCACCACAUAAAGACUACCAACGUUGCAUAACAGAUACGACUUGUUUAAAAUUAUUUACAAAAGAUAAAAUGAAGACAAUCUCAGCCAUAAGGGACUACGAACAACAAAUAUAUCGUGAAAAUAAAACUUACGAAAUACACUGCUGUAGGGGCUUAACAAUAGAUUUAUUAAAUAAACUAGCGAGUGAUUUAGAUUUUGAUUUCACGUUAUACAUCGUACAAGAUGAAACGUAUGGUCGCAAGGUGAAUGGAGAGUGGAACGGUAUGGUGCGGGACCUAAUUGACGGUACAGCUCACUUCGCAGUCGGUGCUUUCAGUAUCACUCGUGUGAGGUCGGAAGUGAUAGAUUUUACGGAUCCAUAUUUCUUUUCCGGAUUUUCAAUUUUAUAUUCGGAGAAAACACGGGAAACUAACAUGCAGGCAUUUUUAGAACCUUUCGCAACGCAAGUGUGGUUCGCCAUUUUUGUGAGUGCAACUUUAGCUGCAAUAGCAAUGGCAUUAUUAGAGUGGAACAGUCCAUUCGGAUUAAAUCCAUGGGGUAGAAAACGAAAAUCAAACUAUACCUUAGCCUCAGGACUAAAUAUGGUAUAUUCUGUAUUAUUUGGUCACACUGUUAAAACGAAGUCGCCAAAGGCGUGGCCAAGUAAAGUGAUGCAAAACUUUUGGGCUUGUUCGUCCAUUUUUAUUAUAGCUAGUUACACUGCAAAUUUAGCCGCCUUUAUAGCCGGGAAGCAUGCCGGGAUAGAUUAUACAGAUAUAUAUGAU